AUGGGCCAGGAGGAACAGGCAAAACAUUCUUAUAUAAGGUUACUGGCAACUGUGAGGUCUAAAGGCCAAAUUGCAUUAGCCACAGCAUCAUGUGGCGUUGCUGCUUCCAUUCUUCCAGGAGGACGUACAGCUCACUCUCGAUUUAAGAUUCCAAUUCAUGAGGAUAAUGACAGUGGCUGUAAUGUUAACAAACAAAGUAGCAGUGCAAGAUUGAUCAAGCAAGCCAAACUCAUCAUCUGGGAUAAAGCAACAAUGGCCAAAAAAUAUGCUAUUGAGUGCUUUGAGAAGCUACUGAGGGAUAUAAUGGACUCAGAUACAGUAUUUGGUGGCAAGGUUAUCGUAUUUGGUGGUGACUUCCGUCAGACAUUACCUGUUGUUGUCAAAGGGUACAAAGAAGAUUACAUUUCUGCCAGCUUGGUAAAAUCUUAUGUUUGGAACCAUCUUGAAAAACUCCGCCUGGUUGCAAACAUGCGUGCAUAUUUAGAUAAACCAUUUUCAGAUUUUCUUUUGAGUCUUGGUAAUGGAACUUUGCCUUGCUUUGAUGACUCCAGAAUAACAUUGCCACACUAUCUUACAAUACCUUUUGUUGAUGAUCUGUGA